AUGCCGCCGUCGUCAUCAACUAACUUGUCAAGCGCCACAAACUCCAAAGAGUCUUCGUCACCACUUAAUCUUUCAAAUCUCCCUAACGAUCUACUGUUGAAUUGCUUAGCACGGGUCUCAAGAUUGUAUUACCCGAUUCUCUCCCUAGUCUCCAAGAGAUUCCGCUCUGUUCUUGCUUCACUUGAGCUUUAUGAUACCCGAACGCUUUUAAGUCGCACCGAGACUUGUCUCUAUGUGUGCUUCCAGUUCGGUCCUCGCAACAAUCUUUGUUGGUUCACUCUCUCUCGGAGACCAACUCGAGUCCCUAACCCUAACCCUAACCCUAAAUCACAAUGGUUCACUCCAUGUUUUAGACCAUUUAAAAACCCAAUGAAUAGCACUAAGUCAAGUGGCAAUCAUUUAGUCUCAGUCCCAACUACCGACUCUUCUCGUUUUUGUAAGCCCCUGUACAUGCACAAUCUUACCACCAUUGGUUCUAAAAUCUAUUCGAUUGCCGGACACACCAAUGGUAGAAUGUUCUUCAUAGAUUGUCGGUCUAACUCUCACACUUGGCACGAAGCUCCAAGCAUGCGGAGAGUCCAGAGGAAACCUCGUGUGAGUGUUAUCGAUGGGAAAAUUUAUGUAGUGGAAGGCUCCUCCAGAGAUGUUGGUUCCUCUAUCGAGGUUUUCGAUCCUAAAACCCAAACAUGGGAGGAUGUGCCAAGCCCUGGCGCAGAGAUGCGCGGGAAAAUCCAGACCAUGAGCUUAGCCAUGGAAGGAAAUCUUUAUCUGUUUGGGGACAAGACCUUGGUUUACAAGCCAAAGGAUAAUAGAUGGUAUCCAGUAGUAGGGUUGGAGAUGGAUUUAAGACACAGAAUGUGUCUGGCUGGUUAUUUUGAUUGUUAUUGCGAGGUUGAUAACGUCAUGUACUUUUAUGGAUUAAAUGAAGUGCUUGAAUGGUACGACUCUGAGAAACAAUCUUGGAAAUUUUUGAAGGGUUUGGAGAAAGACCUGCCUAGAUUACCAACGAAGUUUCAUCGUGUAUAUUGA